UAACUUUAUAUAUGUAAACGAAAAAGCAUUUUAACAAUUGUGAAAGUACGCAGCUAUAAAAUACCAGAAUUACACGAAUUGUAUUGAUACCAUACGAAUGAAAAAUUCAUUCGUUUUCAUCUGAUAUUAAUAACUUAUCGUUUUUAGAAACAACAAUAGAAACCGUAGAAAUGACUAAAAAGACUGACAAAAGGUAAAAAAUCUCUGUUUCCAUAGACUUUUCACAAAAAUUUGGCCUUUUUUUCCUCGGAAAGUUUUCAGCGGCACAACGUAUAUUGCUCUGAAGUUCUUAAAAAUUGGUUUGAUAAUUUUAUCAACAUUAUGUUGGAUUCGUUCAUUGAGAAUUUGAAGCACCCGGGGUCGACUAAGGCGACGAAUGUGAUUGACAAGCUCAAUUUCCAGCUAACCACCAUCACCUUCUUCUCCCUCGCCCUCCUCAGCACCCUCAAGUCCUACGUGGGAGACCCAAUCGACUGCUGGACACCAGAGUACUUCACAACUCAAUGGAUCCAGUAUGUGGACAAUAUCUGCUGGAUGAGGAAUACUUACUACAUCCCAGACCACAUGUCAGUGGGGGAGGCGAGGGAUGAACUGAACAUAGACUGGGAACUAGCCUACUACCAGUGGGUGCCAAUCAUAUUAGGAAUGCUUUCGUUCAGCUUUUAUCUCCCGAAUUUCUUUUGGCAUGCGACAAUGAAACACACAAUUAACAUCAAUGCAUACGUCGAGAGGUUCACAGAAACGGAAAAUGAGACAAAUGUUUGGAAACUGUACGAAACUUUCGACGCGGCUUCCAAAACCUUAGACCACUACCUAAGGCAGAGACAAUUGCAAAACGAACAUCUGGGCUUACGACCUUCAAGUUGUCACAGUUUCAAUCUUUUCCGAGUUUACCAUCAUAACAGAGUGUCUGUAAUUUAUUUGAUCAUUAAACUCAUAUACAUCAUGGUUGCUCUGGUUGACCUCUGGUUUUUGACUAUAUUCUUCGGAAAUGACUUUUUUUAUUUUGGAGUCACAGUUUCGAAACUUUUCAUCGAAAAUGGUGCAAGUGAGAGAAUGGUUACAUCACUCUUUCCCAAGAUAACCCUUUGUGACUUUCAUGUGAGGGAAACCGGAUACGUGAAAACUUAUACUGUGAUGUGCGUGCUGACAAUCAAUUUGUUCACGGAGAAGAUAUUUCUGAUUGUGUGGACUAUUUUGGUUUUGAAUAUUGUGCUGACUUCGUUGAAUCUAAUCAUGUGGCUUUGGCGUCUGGCCAUACCCUGCAACCGCAUUAAUUACACAAUCACGGCAGUCAAGCGAGCCAGCAGACGUUUUGGAGUGGAAUACUAUAAACUGGCCGAUCACAGGACGAGUCUGGAGAAGUUCGUGAACGAAUACUUGCGACCGGAUGGAGUCCUGAUUCUGCGAAUGGUGGAGAUAAACACGAGUCGAACAUUCGGCUGUGCGUUCACUCGAUGGGUGUAUGCUAAAUUUAUGGAGGAGGAGGAGAAAACUAUGGAGAAAUUGAGACAGCCUCAGAAACCUAAUUUCGGAGUUAAUCGGGUGAUACAGCCAAGCGUGUCGUUCAACAGGACUAAUAGUCUGGGUCCUCUCACGAAGCAUAUCAAACCACCACCUUCUUAUCUUGCGGCCAACUCUAGAGACUUCUCUAGAAAUGGAACUAUAUCAUCGCACAACGGCGCUUCCGAUGAGCCGGAUAAAGCACCAGUUAUUGGAUCUCCAAUGUCGACUAUGAUUUUCCAGCCUGGAACAUAUGGACGAAACAGAUCUCUGAGUCGACCACACGAAUCAAAGCCUAGGCCGACUAAGAGACCUGAUAACAGAUACAAGCUAUUAGAAAGCUUCAUCGAAAAUCCACCCAAUUACCCAAAAUAACCCACUCUGAGAUCUCUGAGUCGACCAAACGAAUCACAGCCAAAGCCGAUUAAGAGACCUUAUCACAUAUAUAAGCUAUUAGAAAGCUUCAUCAAAAAUCCACCCAAUUACCCAAAAUACCCAAAAAUGUUAAUUGAUAUUGUCGAAUUAAGCUGAUGCUGUAGUUACCACCAUACAAUUUAAA